AUGUCUUCCAAGCUUGGUUCUCAAGCCUCUUCUGAGUCUUCAGGCCUCGCCUUCUUUGGUCGCCAGUUCACCAAACCCAAGCCAUUACCAAGCGACACCCAGCUCUCUGAGCACGUCGCCAUUGUCACUGGUAGUAGUUCAGGUCUUGGCUUCGAGGCUGCAAGGCAGCUCCUCGCACUUGGUCUUGCUCAUCUGAUCGUGGCCGUGCGCUCGCAAGAGAAAGGUGACUUGGCGGCAGGCAAAUUGCGAGAUGAGUUUCCAAAGGCUACAGUAUCAGUCUGGAUCCUGGAUCUGGAGUCGUACGACUCGAUACAGGCAUUCGCGGAGCGUUGCCAGACGCUACCUCGCAUCGACAUAGUCGUACUCAAUGCCGGACUGCGAAAGCCGUCGUUCACAACCGUGCCUAGCACGCAUCAUGAAACCGUCAUUCAAGUCAACUACCUCUCAACGGCCUUGCUCGCAAUCCUGCUGCUUCCUGUCCUGAAGUCAAAGGCGACCCCUACCAGGCCUCCUACCCUGACGUUUUCAGGGUCUGAUCUGAUGUACACUGUCGCUUCAAGCAAGGGCAAAGACCCGAUUUUGCAGCAGUUUGAUGAUGCAAAGGCAUAUAAUCAGUUCUCGGUAUACUCCAAGUCGAAACUAUUGCUUGCCGUCUUCGCUGCUAAGCUUGCCGAGUUCGUUGACCCUAAAGACGUACUGGUCCACGUCACAAACCCGGGUAUGACAAAAGGGACAAACAUGUUUCGGGAGUCAUCAGCGCCCGCUAAACUCAUCUUUGGUGCCCUGAACAAAAUGAUGGGCAGACCAGCGGAAAUUGCCGCUUCAAAUUACGUCUACUCGACCGUCGUCUCAGGCCAAGAUGAUCAUGGCUCAUUUGUCAGCGACUGGACCGUGAAGCCGUUCCCCGAGAUGUGGUACACACCCGAGGGUCAAGAAUACUCGAGUCGAUUGUGGGAUGAAACUAUGGAGGAGUUCAAAUUUGCCGGAGCAUCAAAGAUUCUUGACGAUCUGAGAGGUGCCCAGUGA